AUGACAAAGUUCACUGCUGCUAAUAUGAGCAUGCUCAUAAAGUUGGCAAAUUCAAGAUUGUUGUUACACAAAAAUAAGAAUUUAGAACAGAGCAAUGUACAUAAACGUGAGAUUGCAGAGCUGCUUUCUCUGGGCAAAGAGGAACAAGCUCGUGUCAAGACAGUCUCUGUCAUCAAUGAAGACUAUCAAACAGAGGUACUUGGUAUUCUCUUGAUCUACUGUGAAACCUUGGGAAAUAGAAUUAGAGCAUUAGAAGGUAUAAAAGUAUGUCCACAAGAUCUAAAGGAAGCUGUUUGUAGUAUCAUUUUUGCAUCUCCAUAUCUAGAGAAACAAGUUGAACUCUACAAGAUAAGAAAGAGAUUGAUUGAAAAGUUUGGUAAGAAAUUCCCAGAGGAAUGUAUUGAUUGUUGUUGUAUAAAUCCAAAGAUUCUUCAUAGAUUAUCAAAUAAACCACCUGAAGAUUCACUUAUCAACUAUUAUCUUAGUAAUAUUGCCAAGAAACAUAAUAUUGCAUGGGAAACACCUACAUUACCACCAUUAGUAGAUUUACAACAGAGUAUACCAGAUUUUACAAUGAAUGCAUUGGCUGAACAAUUACCUUCACCACCAACAGCAACAACAGCAGUUGUAAGUCAGGAGGCUAUUCUUGAUUUCCCUUCGGUUCCUGCUACAGAAGCGAAGCUGGAGUUUCCAUCGGUUCCACAAUUUCCAUCGGUUCCAACUGUUGUCGUUGAGGAGAAGAAGAUUUGUGAUGCCAAGAUGGUACAGUGUUUUGGUCCAGGUUUGACAAGUGGAACGGUUGGACAAGAUUCGCUGUUCACUAUUCAGUCGUAUGACGCCAAGGGUCAGAAGAUAACGGUUGGCGGUGACAAGUUCAAUGUGUUGAUUCAAGGUGAACACGGUGAUCAGAUCUAUGGAAAAGUACAAGAUCUUGGCACCGGUGCAUACAGUGCAAGUUUCGUACCACAGAAAGUCGGUGGUUACGCUAUUGCUGUGUAUCUUGGAAAUCAGCCAGUUGCCAAGUCACCGUUCAUUGCCAGCGUUACCGCCGCGGCAUCAGUAACAGACGCGUCCAAGGUAACUUGUAUUGGCGACGGUCUGACUAAAGGUGUGCCAAAGAAGACAUCGACAUUCACCAUUCAGGCACGUGAUGCCAGCGGUGCUCUCAUGACAAAGGGUGGCGAUACUUUCUAUGUAUUCGUACAGGGUCCCCCAGGAAUACAGAUCUACGGUACCGUCAAGGAUAAUAACAAUGGAACUUACACAGCUACCUAUGUUCCACCUAUUGCCGGUGGCUAUGCAGUGGCCGUCUAUCUCGAUCGUGAGCAAUGUUCAAACAGCCCUUGGCAAUUGUUUAUCUUGGAGGAGUCGGCAGGCGAAGUGGAGAAAUCCGAGGAGGAUGAACUCGAGAAACUCUGGAAGGAAACAAGUAAGCUUACUUUUGAUAAAACACCUUCCACCGCCGUUAUUGAAAGUUCCGUUGGAAGUAUGGGCUCAGACAUUCCUGCGCCACCAUCGUAUGCCGAAUUCCAAAAGGCAUCGAAAGUCAGAUUGUCAAACGUUGAAAUACUGCAAUCGAUCACUGAAAAGACAUUGGUCAUUGACAAUGGAAGUGGUGUUGUUAAAGCUGGUUUCGCAGGUGAGGAACAACCACGUUGUGUAUUCCCAUCGAUCAUCGGUUAUCCAUUGUUCAACAAUGUCAUGCGUGGAAUGGGUAAAGACAAAUAUGUAGGUGACGAAGCACAAGCGAAGCGUGGUGUGCUCUCGAUAAAGUAUCCAAUUGAACAUGGUAUUGUUACCAACUGGACCGACAUGGAAACACUCUGGGAAUACACAUUCAUGAAUGAGCUGCGAGUGGAUCCAAGUAAGCAUCCUGUAUUGCUUACUGAAGCACCACUCAAUCCCAAAGGAAAUCGUGAGAAGAUGUUGGAGAUCAUGUUUGAGAGUUUCCAAGUGCCAGCACUCUAUAUUGCUAUUCAGGCGGUGCUCUCACUCUAUGCCAGUGGCAGAACCACUGGAACCGUAUUGGAUUGUGGUGAUGGUGUAUGUCAUACCGUUCCCAUCUACGAAGGUUUCUGUAUUUCACACAAUGUAAAGCGUCUUGACAUUGGUGGUCGUGACAUCACCGAGUAUUUGACACGUCUCUUGACCGAGCGUGGCUAUGCAUUCACCACCACAGCCGAGCGUGAAAUCGUUCGUGACAUCAAGGAAAAGACAUCGUUUGUAUCGUUAGAUCCAAGCGAGAGUGGAAAGAACGAGAGCGGUCUGCUCAUGGACUACACGAUGCCCGACAAACAGGUGCUACAAAUUGGAAAUGAGCGAUAUCGAUGCUACGAAGCAUUGUUUGAGCCAAGCUUGCUUGGAACCGAUGUCGGUGGUAUCCAACACCUGCUCAACGAUACUAUCAUGGGAUGCGAUAUCGACAUCCGUAAAGACCUGUACAGUAACAUUGUGUUGUCCGGUGGAACCACCAAUUCACCGGGUUUCGAAAAGCGUUUGGAGAAGGAGUUGCAACACCUCUCACCGAUGCCCGUCAAGAUAACUGCACCUGCAAAACGUGAGUACAGUGUGUGGUGUGGAGGAUCGGUACUCGGUGACCUCAAGAGUUUCGCAGAUCAAUGGAUCACUCAACAAGAAUACGCAGAAUACGGAAAAGGAAUUGUACACAGAAAAUGUUUUUAA